UAUCGCUGCGAUUUAUUAGCGCCUCUCGUUCAGGCUGCAUUCAAGACAAAGAACUGUAAUAAUUUGCAACAAUUAGGAAACGUCUGUUUUAUCCUCGUUGAGGGCAAAGCAGAACAGCUCCGUUUGAUACAUUUCGGCAUUUACGCUUUAGAUUUAGCUAUCCGGAUAUGGUUUAAAGCAGAGGCCGUGAAGACGGAAAUCAGCCAUCAACACUCAACAUCUGUCUAAGACGUUUUCAUCGGUUUGACGUCGCUGAACGCGACUCUUCCAGGUGUCACGUUUCAGGAGACAACAAUAGAGAAGAAUUGAGCAGCCGAGGCUUUAGUAAUAUUAAACCACAGAGGAGGCAGCAGAUGCUCCGACUGGACCUUACGAAAGAUAAUCAUGGCAGUGAAUAUCCCCGGACUGGUGGCUGUGGUGUUUUUUUACAUCAUCAUCCUGGUAAUUGGGAUCUGGGCUUCUCGAAAGUCUAGGAAAGCAGAGAAAGCGCUUGCCGGCAGCAAGAGCGAAGUUACCAUGGUGGGUGGGCGCAAUAUCAAUGUCCUGGUCGGGGUUUUCACCAUGACAGCUACCUGGGUUGGUGGAGGUUACAUUAUGGGAACUGCUGAGGCUGUGUAUUCUCCUACUCAGGGUCUCAUCUGGGCAAUGGGGCCUCCUGCGUAUCUUAUCAACUUUAUUCUGGGAGGAUUGUUUUUUGCAAAACAAAUGAGGUCGAAGCGCUACAUCACCAUGUUGGACCCGUUUCAGCAUCGCUAUGGCAACAUGUUCACCGCAACGCUUCUGCUUCCUGCUUUGGUCAGUGAUAUUUUGUGGGUGGCCUGCAUCCUCGCUGCUCUGGGCGGAACGAUGAGCGUAAUUCUUGGACUGUCAUCUACCCUUUCCAUCAUUAUCUCAGCAGCCGUCUCCAUCAUCUACACAUUUUUAGGAGGACUCUACUCAGUUGCAUACACGGAUAUCAUCCAGCUUUCCUUUGUCUUUGUCAGCCUGUGGCUCUGUGUGCCUUUUUUGCUGCUAAGUCCUUCUGUGACAGACAUCUCACAAAACCAAACUCACCUCAACCAGACAGAUGGACACUCCUGGUUAGGAGAGCUGGAGCCAGCAGAGGCAGGAAAAUGGGUGGAUGAGUUCCUUUUAUUGGCUUUAGGGGGACUGGCCUAUCAGGCUCUUUACCAGAGAAUCCUCUCUGCAUCGUCCUCGGCUCAAGCUCAGAUCACCUGUUUUGCUUCUGCUGGGACAGUUUUUAUCAUGGGCAUCCCCUCUGUUAUCAUUGGAGCAGCAGCUGCCUCUGCAGACUGGAACCAGACAACGUAUGGUCUACCCCCUCCUUUUGAACGAGGGGAGGCAGGGAAGAUCUUGCCACUGGCCCUGCAACACCUCACACCCACCUGGUUGUCAGUGUUAGGCAUUGGUUCUGUGGCUGCAGCAGUAAUGUCCUCCAUGGACUCUGUGCUGCUGUCCUCAGCAUCCAUGUUUACACAAAACAUAUACAAGACGACAUUAAGGAAGCAGGCAUCGGAGCUGGAGCUGCAGCGGGUGAUCCGUGUUAGCGUGCUGCUGGUGGGACUGGCAGGAACAGGCCUGGCCUUCGGUGAUGACAGCGUAUUUGCCCUGUGGAUGCUGAGUGGAGACCUCCUCUACUGUGUUGUCCUUCCACAGCUCCUCUGUGUGGUGCACAUCAGCUGUGCUAACAGCUACGGCGCUAUCAGCGGCUAUCUAGUGGGACUGCUGCUGCGUGGGAUGAGCGGAGAGCCAGUGCUUGGGAUCCCUCCUCUCCUCCUGUUUCCUGGCUGGAGGGAGGAGAAUGGAGUUAUCAUACAGUACUUUCCCUACAGGACUCUGGCCAUGGUUUCCUCCGUGAUAUGUGUAGUUUCAGUGUCCUGGCUGGUAGGGUUAGCCUUCUGUCACCAGCUGAUUCCUCAGUCCUGGGAUAUACUCGGUGUGUUUGAGGAGAAAAAAGAGGCAGAAGGGGGACAGGUUCCUGUGGAGGAAAAGAACACUAUCCUUAGCACAAAAAUCUAGUGUCAACAUGAGUGCAACCUCAGCCAAAGUAUGCACAAACUCCUUUUUAUGCAAAUUCCUACCACCCUUCUCUGCACAGGCUGUUAACGCACACUCCUACUUGUACUGUAGUCCCUUGCACAUUUAACACUGAAUUAUACGCUUUCUUUGCUCCAAACUCUGACCAGCAGUAUAUUGAGAGGUAGUUUAGACACAGUCUCUCUUUUAACAGAAAAGAAUCAAGGCAACAUCAAGAGCUCAAGACUCUGAUCUUAAUGUCAGUAUUCAAUUGCUCACUGUCUUUAUUCUUCUUAGAUAACCCUCUUUUCUGUCUAUUAUGAAUCACAGUCAACACUUUCAUUGUUUCUUUAAGUAGUCGUAUUCACUCAAACUCUUCGCUACCUUGAGCUUACCCCACUUGAUGUUUUUAGUUGUAUAAUCAUUAGCCAUUGUAGUACUUUCUUAAGAAGCACCUUUGCCUCUUUGUAUACAUGAAGCACAGAGAAGACAGAUUAAUGCAGUACUUAUGAAACUGGGGGAAAGUUUUCUUUGUAAACAAAAACUGAUUUAAAGUGUUAACCCAUUAGUUUAUUAUGCUUAAAUGGGAACAUUGUUGAAGGACCAUCAAGAAAAAGUUAUUAGAUUUACUAUUUUUUUAGAUGUGUUGUGAUUGCAAGUGUUCAUAAAGAAAUGAAACAAAGUCUGUGUGAAAUCUUUGCACCUUAUAAAAUCCUUCUAUUUGUUUAGCAAAGAGAGAAAUAAUGACACUGUAGACCCUUCAUAUUUUUAAACAGAUAUAUCUAGAUAGUAUAGAGUGCCAUUACUUUUUAUGUUUAAGUUUAUAUAACACAGACAGCAGCUUUUAAAACACCUGAAAACCUUACCUUUGUUGCCUUUAGAGCAAUGUUGAGCUUAAUGUAUUAUUUGACGUUCUGUGUUUAAACUGUAAUACCUCCUUUUUGGCAGCAGAGGGCGACAAAUAAACACUGUAAACCGAAACAGCCUGCGCUAGAGACAGCCUAUGAACUAGACUGGAAAUGAUCGGAUAAAUCAGGAAGUUCGGAGUCGUCAAAACAGAAGUCAGUAUUUACUUUCAGACAAUGACAUUUCAUUAAAUUAUUAAGUCAUUCAGUGCAUAGCCUUAUCAAAAAAUUUUUUUUUUCUUUCGUCGCAUAUAUCUUUGCUCAAAUCCAUUACAUGCACAGAUUUUAUAAGCCAAGUUUAUACCUUCAGUAUCUAAAGGAUCAGAAGUUUUAUGACACUGAGAAAACUUUGAUUCAAUGAUAAAGGGUGUGUAGACUUUAGAAGAUUUUAAGGGAUUUUAUUCAUAUCCCUACAUCCUUUUAUUAUUUUGUAUGUCAUGAUUGUAGUACCUCUUU